UAAUUCGUUCCCUAUUGGCUGUAUGUCGUGUAGUAAAUAACGUUCGGCAUACACAACAAAAGCUCUCUUCCACUUUCAUCGAGAAUGUACUGGCUAAGUAACCCACUCAGAUUAACACGUCAGUCCUGAUAUGAUUUGGGGUGCACGAGGUAAACCAAGCCCACGUUGAAACAAGGACUGUGUGUGCUUUCUUGUGGUCGUUGAUGUCUCAUCGGUCACCUCCAAAGGUUGCUAUGAAUUCCAGUGGACCUGUGUUCACAAAGCAGAAUCCCUUCCCAGCAGCACCCAAAGUGAGGACGGCACACUACCACCCAUCCAGCAAACAACCCCUCUCAAAGAAAAAGAAAAAAACUACACUAAGUCCUGUACGUUUAAACCAGCGAUCCAGAACAAAGUUACAUAAUCUAAACCGAGAGAGCCAGCAGCUGUCUAAGAAGCAUGACCGUUUUUCCUCCAUUGAUGGACAACCUGUUCUUAAAGAGUCCCAGGCCUCCACUGUCGUUGGAUUCUCUCCUGAUAGAAAUACUGCCUCAUCUGACAUGGACGAACCCAAACAGUCUGGAAAAAUGGGGAAAUCCAGUGUUUCCCAAGUUCAAGGAGGCCAGGAGGAUUCUGUGCUGGCAAAAUACGUAGAGCGUUUUCGCCAUGGUCGCCCACAGAGUCGAGAGGAGCGCCAUCAGGUGGCUUCUGCCAGUGGAGAAGAGCAGGCUCCUUUUUGGUGGAUGUCACAUUCAUCACUCAGCAGUUCAACACCAACUAAAACAACAGACGAAGAUGUUAUCCAACUUCUGAAAGAGGACCAGGAUCCUGCUCUUUAUGAUCCAUCUGCACAGCGUGACCGUAACAGAUCCCUUUCUCCCUACAGAGGAUCCAAUAGUCUUUUGUCCGACACAUCCCAGGGUGAAUUUGAUGACAGGGAGAUCCUGCACCUUCAAGAAAAGGCCAGCAGACUUCUUCUGAGGGGUGAAUGUUCUGUGAGUGAUGGAUCUGUCCCUGUCAGCUCAGAGGGGCUGGGAUGCUCAGAUUUCUCCUAUCCCAUCAGUAUAGAUGAGCCAGUGAAGCAACCUUUGAUUCCCAGUUUAUUCAAAAAUACUACUGCAAAGGCCAGCUCAGACUCAGCUCAUGGUGUGUCCUUCCAAAAAUCUGUCAUGCCUUCUUUGGUGCCUCCUACCCGUCCAGAGGAAGACAUAUUGUUCCAGUGGCGUUUAAGGAGGAAAAUGGAGCAAGCCAGAGAGAGGCCCCUGUCUGUGCAAGCCUCCAGUCCUCGUGCAUUUAGUUGGCAGGCAACGAGGUUAAGCUAUCCCUCCAUUAGUGAACAAGCUUACAAGGAACAGCAGGGUACCCAACCUCCUCAAUUCUCACAAAGAGAUACUCAUUCACACAUCACUGCUGCCCAGCCAGAAACCACAGAGGCCCAGAGGUUCUGUCCCCCAGCUCCAGGUCCUUCGCUAUUCCCCACCAUCAAUGUUUCUGGUUCAGUCCCUCAGCCGCAGAGCAUUGCCCACGUUCCUUCCCACAUGCAUUUUCUCUGUGACGUCUUGCCAUGUCCCAUCCAGUCAUCUCAUGCCAAAGUGCACCAGAGCAUUUCACAAAGGUUAGACGAGUCACAAACCAAAGUUCUUCACAAAAAGACCCAAGUCCCUGAAAGCCUUGGAGAAUUAACUCUUUGUGAACGCAUGUCACUCACUCCACCCACGCCAUCUGAGAGAGAGUGGCCUGAUCACCAAAAAAUGUCUGAGAAGAACAAGAAAAAGAAAACGGGGACGAAGCAAUCAGAGGUAAAUGGGAAGGAGGAAGCAGCGCUCGCCAGACAGCAAAAGAAAUCAGCAAGGAAUUCAUUACAUCAAAAGCUUCCCAAAAAGGUCACAUCAUGUAAAGAGCAGCAGCAACCAGAGAGAAGACAGGAGCUUCCCAGUGAAAGCUGUGCUGGUGAUCACGAACCACCACCAUCCCCUAUCCACAAUGCAUUAGGACAGGUAGUUUCAGAGGUACUGUUUCCUACGGUGGAUUCCUCUUCUCCGAAAAGGAUUCCUGUUUCAUCUGAUUCUCCUUCCUCCACCGUCGCUGCACCUUCACCAUCGCCAAUUCCUCCAAGCAAUGCACUGAACUCUAUGGAAGUCAUUUCACAGCUUCUCCAAGAGGCCGAAGAUUCGGAUGAAAAAGAGUUUGGAGAUGAUCCUUUGCUACAAGUUCUUCGCAAACAGAGAAAAUGGGUGAAGGAGCAGAUCAGUGAGGUGGACUCCAUCUUAAAUGAAUUCGUGGAAGAGCAACAAGUUACUUGAAGAACAUCAAGAGACAGUUUUUGUAGUCACAUUUAUUUAUUUUUUAUUUUAUAAAGAAAUAAAGUUAAUUUAUAUUUUUGAGGACAUUUU